CACAAGGUUCCUGGCGGUGGGGGCAAGGUUACUGGCGGCGAGGACAAUGUUCCUGCCGGUGAGGACAAGGUUCCUGGCGGUGAAGACAAGGUUCCUGGCGGUGAGGACAAGGUUCCUGGCGGGGUGGACGAGGUUCUUGGCGGUGAGGACAAUGUUUCUGACGGUGAGGACAAGGUUCCUGGCGGUGAGGAAUGGGUUCCUGGCGGUGAGCACAAGGUUUCUGGCUGUAAGGACAAGGUUUCUGGCGGUGAGGACAAGGUUCCUGGCGGUGAGGACAAGGUUCGUGGCGGUGAGGACAAGGUUUCUAGCGGUGAGGACAAGGUUCCUGGGGCCGAGGACAAGGUUCCGUGCGGUGAGGACAAGGUUUCUGGCGGUGAGCACAAGGUUCCUGGCGGUAAGGACAAGGUUCCUGGCGGUGAGGACAAGGUUUCAGACGGUGAGGACAAGGUUUCUAGCGGUGAGGACAAGGUUCCUGGCGGUGAGGACAAUGUUUCGCGCGGUGACGUCAAGGUUAUUGGCGGUGAGGACAAUGAUCCUGGCGGUGAGGACAAGGUUCCUGGCGGUCAGGACAAGGUUCUUGGCGGUGACGACAAGGUUCAUGGCGGUGACGACAAUGUUCUUUGCGGUAAGGACAAGGUUCCUGACGGUGACGACAAGGUUAUUGGCGGUGAGGACAAGGUUCCUCGCGGUGAGGACAAGGUUCCUGGCGGUGAGAACAAGGUUCCUGGCGGUAAGGACAAGGUUCCUGGCGGUGAGGACAAGGUUUCAGACGGUGAGUACUAGGUUUCUAGCGGUGAGGACAAGGUCCCUGACGGUGAGGACAAGGUUCCUGGUGGUGAGGACAAGGUUCCUGGCGGUGAGGACAAGGUUCCUGGCGGUGAGGACAAGGUUCUUGGCGGUGAUGACAAGGUUCCUGGCGGUAAGGACAAGGUUCCUGGCGGCAAGGACAAGGUUCCUAACGGUGAGGACAAGGUUCCUGGCGAUGAGGACAAGGUUCCUGGCGGUGAGAACAAGGUUCCUGGCGGUGAGGACAAGGUUCCUGGCGGUGAGAAAAAGGUUCCUGGCGGUGAGGACAAGCUUCCUGGCGGUGCGGACAAGGUUCCUUGCGGUUAGGACAAGGUUCCUGGCGGUGAGGACAAGGUUUCAGACACUGAGGACAAGGUUUCUAGCGGUGAGAACAAGGUUCCUGGCGGUGAGGACAAUGUUCCUGGCGAUGAGGACAAGGUUCCUGGCGGUGAGGAGAAUGUUGCUGGCGGUGAGGACAUGGUUCCUGGCGGUAAGGAGAAGGUUCUUGGCAGUGAGGACAAGGUUCCUUGCGGUGAGGACAAGGUUCCUGGCGGUGAGGACAAGGUUGCUGACGGUGAGGACAAGGUUGCUGACGGUGAGGACAAGGUUUCUGGCUGUGAGAACAAGGUUCCUGGCGGUGAGAAAAAGGUUACUGGCGGUGAGGACAGUGUUCCUGGCGGUGAGGACAAGGUUACUGGCGGAGAGGACAAUGUUCCUGGCGGUGAGGACAAGGUUACUGGCGGUGAGGACAAGGUUCUAGGCGGUGAGGACAAGGUUCCUGACGGUGAGGAAAAGGUUCUUGGCGGUGAUGACAAGGUUCCUCGCGGUGACGACAAGGUUCUUAGCGGCGAGGACAAGGUUCCUGACGGUGAGGACAAGGUUCCUGGCGAUGAGGACAAGGUUCCUGGCGGUGAGAACAAGGUUCCUGGCGGUGAGGACAAGGUUCCUGGCGGUGAGAACAAGGUUCCUGGCGGUGAGGACAAGCUUCUUGGCGGUGAGGACAAGGUUCUUGGCUGUGAGGACAAGGUUGCUGACGGUGAGGACAAGGUUUCAGGCUGUAAGGAAAAGGUUCCUGGCGGUGAAGACAAGGUUCCUGGCUGUGAGGACAAGGUUCCUGGCGGUGAGGACAAGGUUGUUGGCGGUGAUAACAAGGUUCCUGGCGGUGACGACAAAGUUCUUGGCGGCGAGGACAAGGUUCCUGACGGUGAGGACAAGGUUCCUGGCGAUGAGGACAAGGUUCCUGGCGGUGAGAACAAGGUUCCUGGCGGUGAGGACAAGGUUCCUGGCGGUGAGAAAAAGGUUCCUGGCGGUGAGGACAAGCUUCCUGGCGGUGAGAACAAGGUUCCUUGCGGUUAGGACAAGGUUCCUGGCGGUGAGGACAAGGUUUCAGACACUGAGGACAAGGUUUCUAGCGGUGAGAACAAGGUUCCUGGCGGUGAGGACAAUGUUCCUGGCGAUGAGGACAAGGUUCCUGGCGGUGAGGAGAAUGUUGCUGGCGGUGAGGACAUGGUUCCUGGCGGUAAGGACAAGGUUCUUGGCAGUGAGGACAAGGUUCCUUGCGGUGAGGACAAGGUUCCUGGCGGUGAGGACAAGGUUUCUGACGGUGAGGACAAGGUUGCUGACGGUGAGGACAAGGUUUCUGGCUGUGAGAACAAGGUUCCUGGCGGUGAGAAAAAGGUUACUGGCGGUGAGGACAGUGUUCCUGGCGGUGAGGACAAGGUUACUGGCGGAGAGGACAAUGUUCCUGGCGGUGAGGACAAGGUUACUGGCGGUGAGGACAAGGUUCUAGGCGGUGAGGACAAGGUUCCUGACGGUGAGGAAAAGGUUCUUGGCGGUGAUGACAAGGUUCCUCGCGGUGACGACAAGGUUCUUAGCGGCGAGGACAAGGUUCCUGACGGUGAGGACAAGGUUCCAGGCUGUGAGGACAAGGUUCCUGGCGGUGAGGACAAGGUUCCUGGCGGUGAGGACAAGGUUCCUGGCGGUGAGGACAAGGUUCUUGGCUGUUACGACAAGGUUCCUGGUGGUGACGACAAGGGUGUUGGCGGUGAGGACAAGGUUGCUGACGGUGAGGACAAGGUUCCUGGCGGUGAGGACAACGUUGUUGGCUGUGAGGACAAGGUUUCAGGCUGUGAGGACAAGGUUUCAGGCUGUGAGGACAAGCUUCCUGUCGGUGAGGACAAGGUUCCUGGCGGUGAGGUCAAGGUUCCUGGCGGUGAGGACAAGGUUCGUGGCCGUGAGGACAAGGUUCCUGGCGGUGAGGACAAGGUUUUUGGCGGUGAGGACAAGGUUCCUGAGGUUGACGACAAUUCUCCUGGCGGUGAGGACAAGGUUUCUGACGGUGAGAACAGGGUUUCGGACGGUGAGGACAAGGUUUCUGGCUGUGAGAACAAGGUUCUUGGCGGUGAUGACCAAGUUCCUGGCGGUGAGGACAACGUUCUUGGCUGUGAGAACAAGGUUCCUGACGGUGAGGACAAGGUUCCUGGCAGUGUGGACAACGUUGUUGGCUGUGAGGACAAGGUUUAAGGCUGUGAGGACAAGGUUUCAGGCUGUGAGGACAAGGUUUCAGGCUGUGAGGACAAGGUUCCUGGCGGUGAGGACAAGGUUCCUGGCGGUGAGGACAAGGUUCCUGCCUGUGAGGACAAGGUUCCUGGCGGUGAGGACAAGGUUUCUGUCGGUGAGGACAAGGUUCGUGGCGGUGAGGACAAGGUUCCUGAGGGUGACGACAAGGCUCCUGGCGGUGAGGACAAGGUUUCUGACGGUGCGAACAGGGUUUCGGACGGUGAGGACAAGGUUUCUGGCUGUGAGAACAAGGUUCUUGGCGGUGAUGGCAAGGUUCCUGGCGGUGACGACAAUGUUGCUGGCGGUGAGGAAAACGUUACUGGCGGUGAGGACAAUGUUCCUGGCGGUAAGGACAAGAUUACUGGCGGUGUGGACAAUGUUGCUGGCGGUGAGGACAAGGUUACUGGCGGUGAGGACAAGGUUCUAGGCGGUGAGGACAACGUUCCUAGCGGUGGCGACAAGGUUCUUGGCGGUGAAGACCAGGAUCCUGAAGGUGAAGACAAGGUUCCUGGCGGUAAGAACAAGGUUCCUGGCGGUGAGGACAAGGUUCCUGGCAGUGUGGACAACGUUGUUGGCUGUGAGGACAAGGUUUAAGGCUGUGAGGACAAGGUUUCAGGCUGUGAGGACAAGGUUUCAGGCUGUGAGGACAAGGUUCGUGGCGGUGAGGACAAGGUUCCUGGCGGUGAGGACAAGUUUCCUGGCAGUGAGGACAAGGGUCCUGGCGGUGAGGACAAGGUUCCUGGCGGCGAGGACAAGGUUCUUGGCGGUGAGGACAAGGUUCCUGAGGGUGACGACAAGGCUCCUGGCGGUGAGGACAAGGUUUCUGACGGUGCGAACAGGGUUUCGGACGGUGAGGACAAGGUUUCUGGCUGUGAGAACAAGGUUCUUGGCGGUGAUGGCAAGGUUCCUGGCGGUGACGACAAUGUUGCUGGCGGUGAGGAAAACGUUACUGGCGGUGAGGACAAUGUUCCUGGCGGUAAGGACAAGAUUACUGGCGGUGUGGACAAUGUUGCUGGCGGUGAGGACAAGGUUACUGGCGGUGAGGACAAGGUUCUAGGCGGUGAGGACAACGUUCCUAGCGGUGGCGACAAGGUUCUUGGCGGUGAGGACCAGGAUCCUGAAGGUGAAGACAAGGUUCCUGGCGGUAAGAACAAGGUUCCUGGCGGUAAGGACAAGGUUCCUGGCGGUGAGGACAAUGUUUCAGACGGUGAGGACAAGGUUUCUAACGGUGAGGACAAGGUUCCUGGCGGUGAGAACAAGGUUCCUGGCGGUAAGGACAAGGUUCCUGGCGGUGAGGACAAGGUUUCAGACGGUGAGUACUAGGUUUCUAGCGGUGAGGACAAGGUCCCUGACGGUGAGGACAAGGUUCCUGGUGGUGAGGACAAGGUUCCUGGCGGUGAGGACAAGGUUCCUGGCGGUGAGGACAAGGUUCUUGGCGGUGAUGACAAGGUUCCUGGCGGUAAGGACAAGGUUCCUGGCGGCAAGGACAAGGUUCCUAACGGUGAGGACAAGGUUCCUGGCGAUGAGGACAAGGUUCCUGGCGGUGAGAACAAGGUUCCUGGCGGUGAGGACAAGGUUCCUGGCGGUGAGGACAAGGUUCCUGGCCGUGAGGAUAAGCUUCCUGGCGUUGAGGACAAGGUUCCUGGCGGUGAGGACAAGGUUUCUCGCCGUGAGGACAAGGUUCCUGGCGGUGAGGACAAGGUUCCUGCCGGUGAGGAUAUUGUUCCUGGCGCUGAGGACAAGGUUCCUGGCGCCGAGGACAAGGUUCCUGGCGGUGAGGACAAGGUUACUGGCGGUGAGGACGAGGUUGCUGGUGGUGAGGACAAGGUUCCUGGCGGAGAGGACAAGGUUACUGGCGCUGAGGACAAUGUUCCUGGCGGUGAGGACAAGGUUCCUGGCGGUGAGGACAAGGUUCCUGGCGGUGAGGACAAGGUUCCUGGCGGUGACGACAAGGUUCCUGGCGGUGAGGACAAGGUUUCUGACGGUGAGGACAGGGUUUCUGACGGUGAGGACAAGGUUUCUGGCUGUGAGAACAAGGUUCCUGGCGGUGAGAACAAGGUUACUGGCGGUGAGAACAAUGUUCCUGGCGCUGACGACAAGGUUUCUAGCGGUGAGGACAAGGUUCCUGGCGGUGAGAACAAGGUUAUUGAUUAUCAAUUAAAUUUAAUUAUUAUCAAUUGA